AUCUCCCCAGAUUCUCCAACUAACUUAACUAUACUCUGUAUACUUUAUAGAAAGUAGUUGGUGGCGCUUGUUUCGACCAAUCGGACUAAAGCAGCCCCGUGAUCACCAUUACCGCUGUUUCCGCCCGCCAUGAGACUUCAUCUUUGAUUCCAUCCCGCGUGCUGGCAAUUAUCUGGUAAUUUACGCUAUCGGACUAAAUCUUAUUGCGAAUAAGCCGACCGGUCCGUCUUACGGUGCUGCCUUCGCUCGAGUGUUGUUGGUGGAACAAGCUGGUCGCCGCGUGCCUUUUUAAUCUUGCUGCCUUGCACCCACCAUCAACCUCUACAAGACCAGGGUGCCUCCCAAGUACGCGCCGCCCAGAGGGCUAGAACUGCUCGCAUCGCAUUUUCUGCGCUAUGUAUGACGGUCUGUUAACGCUAUAAUCUGUCUAUUCUGGUAUUCCACAUAUCCGGUGUUUGGUCGACCCCCGCCAUGGACCCAGAUGAGGCGCCUCCGCCGCCAUACUCCGCUGUAGACCCUUUACUCGCGCCAUCGAACAGCAACAGAAAUGCAACCUCCUCAUCUAAUGCAACCCCUAGUCUUCUCCGCCUUCGCGGUGGGGAUGCGCGACUUCAUGGACCAAGUGCUGCGCCUAUCCCAACUCAUUUCACCUCGGCCGCCGCCUACUUUGCGGAACGGCCACCACCUGUAAUUGAGGAUGGAGGGCAGACGCUGGAGCACCAUAUGACCAUCUACCCGCGGAGCCAAGUGAAAGACUUUCCCCGUCGUCCUCGAUGCUGGAACCCGCGGAUGGAGCUCAUCGCUCAGCAGGACUGGGAUAUGUUCUUGCGCCACCUCUUCCCUCCGCAUCUAGGUCUUGCAUCCUCGUCAGCGGAACUCCCGCGUCAAAUCAGGGCUGAGAUUCGACGAGAUCGAAAAGAUCGGCCACAAGAGACGGAUGAGGAGCGUGAGAUACGCAUCGCCACUGUUAUGAAGGAAUGGAACCAGGACUUCUUCGAGCUUCGUGCUGUCCGGAUCGUAUUCUUUUAUGUGACGGAUCCCAGGGCUGCGCCAAUAUCCCCGCUCUGUCCUCGUUGUUAUCCAGCUGCUACGAGGGCCACGCAGGAUAAUCGAACUACCCAAGCUCCAGAAGCCGGUAGAGGACACCCUUUGCCGCCUAACGCGCACCCAGCAGCAACGGGAUAUCCGCAAGCUGGUAUGUAUCCAGGACAGCCACCAAUGCCUUAUGGAUACCCGAAUCCCGCCGUUCCAGCUCCGUUUCCGCCGCAGCAGGGUUCCGGGUUCUUUCAUCCUGCGAAUCCCCAUGCUUAUCAGAAUCCAUACCCACAGUACCAGCCGUGGGGUUGGACAGGCAAUCAAUACCCUCAACAGUAUGAAACUUCAAGCAUGAAAGGUGGACCGCUAGGAUGGUUGUCGAGUCUUGCUUCAUCAGCUCAAAAGUACGGCGAUCGCAUUACGGAGCAGGCUGCCCAUUAUGGUAGACAAGUUGAAGAACAAGCCCUGGCGCACGGCCGCUGGAUCGAAGAGCAAGCAGGCCUCGGCGGGCGCAAAGCUGAAGCCGCAUUUUCUGGAUGGGGUGCGCCCCAGCAGGGAUAUUACCCUUACUACUAUCCACCACCUACUGCUACUGCUACUACUGCAACCAACACGACAACCACCCCAGACCCUACUCAACAAACCAUACAACAAACCUCACAACCAACAACCACCGAACGGACACUCCAACCAUCAACCCAAUCAUCAACCCAACGCCCCCGCAGCAACUCCGUCUGCUCCGUCUCCUCAGACUCUUCCCUCUCCUCAAUCGACUCCAUCUCCACAACCUCCGAACUCAGCUCCUCGGACCUCGCCACCGUCCGCGCCCAACUCCUCUCCCUAGACGACCACCACGACCGCGACCUCUACGAAGCAGCCGUAGAACUCCGCCGCCAACUCGACGCUCUGCGCGAUUCCCGCCGCCAAGCACGCAUCUCCGGCCGCGGUCGCUGGCGUCACGGCUGGGGCAACCAGUCCCGACAUAACGACCCCUCCUCGGGCCAAGGCCGAAGCAGCUGGGGCCGGUGGGAGUCACCCCAGGAUCGCCAGCGGAACGCGGCAGAGCGGCGCGCGGCGAAGGAGGAGCUCCGGGCUACGAGAAAGGCGUUCCGGGAGGUGCUGAGGCGCGCGAGGGAGGAGCAGCGCGAGCAGAGGCGGAUGAAGCGGACUAGACGUCGGCAACAGAGACGGGCGCGGAGGGGUCAGGCUAGAGGCGAGGAGCCAGCUUCUGUUUCUGCGGCUGUGUCUUUGUCUGUUUCUGGUCCUGGUUCUGGGGCGCCUCCGCCUGAGGAGAGUCUGGAGCAGCGGCUGGAGAAUCUCGAAUUGGAAAAUAAUAGAGAAAACCGUACGGCUGCCCGGGCUGGUGCAACAGGUCCAUCGCAGCAGCGAACAGAGGCAGAUUCCGAAAGCAGCGCGGUUAGCUCGAUUGGCACGCCGAGUGCCAGCUCAGAUGAGGGUGAGGACGCCAGAAAGGAUAAAGAGGAGGAAAAGAAGAAAGCUGGCAAGGAAAACAAAUAAAUCUACAUGCAUACACUCACUCACUUGGUCGUUUUGAGCGGUUGGAAUUCUUUUUGAUGUGAUAUGAUAACGGAUGGUGUUUUGGGUGAGCCAGGGGCUUGGGGUCCUUCUUGUCUUGUUACAUAUUCUUCUCAACAUUUUGAUAUCUCCCUUUCUUGAAGGUAGUGGCUUAGUUACAGUCCUCGAUUGCACGUCUUUAAUGAAGCUAUGAUCACUCCAUCCAUUCAAGUUUCCAACCCUAGGCGUACAGCUCAACACUGCUCCUUUAUUUGACUCUAGCCAACCGAUAUAAUAGGCUAUCAACCUACGAAGCCGCCUGGGCCUCGUUCUUUUCAACUAAUU